AUGGACCGUGGACCGUGGACAGUGGUGGCUGCUGUUCAGGCCUUGGAGAAGAAAGUGGAUGCUUGCCUGGCCCGCUUGCUGACUCUGGAGGGAUGCACAGGCACAGCCGAGAAAAAGCUGGCUGACUGUGAGAAGACAGCUGUGGAGUUCAGCAACCAGCUGAAGGGCAAGUGGGCCGUGCUGGGGACCCUGCUUCAGGAGUAUGGGCUGCUGCAGCAGUGACUGGAGAACAUGGAGAACCUCUUGUGCAACAGGAACUUGUGGGUCCAGCAGCUUCCCCCUGGCAGCAAGGGCGACAUCCCCUUGGGAGCGCCCCUUACCUUUGAUGACGUGGCUGUGUGUUUCUCUGAUCAGGAGUGGGGCAAGCUGGAAGACUGGCAGAAGGAGCUCUAUAAGUAUGUGAUGAGGGGCAACUAUGAGAUGCUCAUUUCCCUGGAUUACAUCAUCUCCAAACCAGACAUUCUUACCCAGAUAGAGAGGGGAGAAGAGCCUUGUCCUUCAGGCCCCUGGGGCCAGGAGAAGGGGAGUGAGGAGGAGACAGAAUGCUUAAGGAAACCAGACAUCGGCAUUUCUCUGAGUCCAGAGCAGGCCCCAAGUCCAGCUGGCCUUGCCCAGGAGGAACCAAAUCAAAGGCAGACACCUGAGCAGCAGCAAGAGGGGACAGGCAUGACGCCACCUGAGCCAGGCACUGGUGGUUUCUGCAGGCCCUUUUCUGAGACCAACUCAGAGGACAUGAACGCCAUGCCAUGCACAGAACUGGGCUUACUGCAUUCCCUUAUUCUUCUCUUGCUGAUGGCCUCACUCCUAAUCCUGGUUGCUUUCCUUCUGGUGAUUUCUCUGCAUUCCCCCCACAGCACAUGGCUUCUCCCUCCGACAGAAGCCCCAGCUGAGGACAAACCUGAGAAGCACCUUCUGGAGUCCUCAAGCCAGUCCAUAUUUAGAGUCCAUAAAAGGCCCAGGAUUAAGACUAGAGGCCACAGACAGCAUCACAUCCAGGGAGUGCCUAGGGUGUGGAUUGGGGAACCCCAGCAGCAGGCAAUGGGAGAGCUACCCUGUAUCCUUCCUCUACCAUGGAAGCAGGCAUUCCCAUGCCCUGACUGUGGGCAGAGCUUCCACUUGAAGAUCAAUCUGACAAUCCAUCAGUGGACCCACACGGGAUGCUUGGAGUCGCUUGCCUAUUAGGUCACUGGAACUAGAGAAGUGGUGGUGCUGGGUCCUGUCAUCAGCUGGCUACCUGAGGAGUCCACCAGCCACCAGUCCCCAACAAGUCAUGCCUUCCUGGGACAAAGGCCAGCAACUAAGGUUUACCACUGUAGCAAAUGCCUGCACUCCUUUCAGCAAUGGAAGAGCCUGGUACUGCACCAGCAUCAGCACACAGGCAAGAGGCAGGGCUGAUCUGCCUGUCCCUACUGUGGCAAGACCUUCCACCAGUCCUCAGACCUCUUUCACCAGCGCAUCCAUACUGCUGAGCGUCCCUAUCAGUGCCCUCAGUGUGGCAAGGCCUUUAACAAGAACCACCACCCGACUUCCCACAUGCAGACUCAUUCCUGAGGCCAGACAAUCCUGCAUUUCCUCUUGCCUUCUGUCCUCCAGGGGAGUCCAGCCCUGCAAGGGCCCAACCCUAAACAGGAAGACUGA